CAAAAAAAGAGUCAGCAGCUAUCUAUUAGGGUUUUGGUAUUUAAAUAGUUUAACCUAAUCGCCAAAGAAACCUAGACAUUUUCUCUCGUCUCGCCGCAGGAAAAAGAAAGCUCUCUUCAGUGACAUUCUGAGGUGAAGAAAUGAAGCACAACAAUGUUAUCCCGAAUGGUCAUUUCAAGAAGCACUGGCAGAACUAUGUCAAGACAUGGUUCAACCAGCCUGCCAGGAAAACCAGAAGAAGAGUUGCGAGACAGAAGAAGGCUGUGAAGAUCUUCCCUCGUCCCACAGCUGGACCUCUCCGCCCUGUUGUGCAUGGUCAGACCCUAAAGUACAACAUGAAGGUCAGAACUGGUAAAGGAUUCACUCUUGAAGAGCUCAAGGCUGCUGGAAUCCCCAAGAAGUUGGCACCCACCAUUGGUAUCUCUGUUGACCAUCGUCGCAAGAACAGAUCAUUGGAGGGUCUUCAAUCCAAUGUCCAGAGGCUUAAAACCUACAAGGCUAAGCUGGUCAUCUUCCCGCGUCGUGCCAGGAAGGUCAAGGCUGGUGAUUCUACUGCAGAAGAGUUGGCUAAUGCCACCCAAGUCCAGGGAGAUUACAUGCCUAUCGUCCGUGAGAAGCAAGCAACAGAGCUAGUGAAGCUGACCUCUGAGAUGAAAUCGGUCAAUGCUUACGACAAGAUUCGUCUAGAGCGCACAAACAAGAGACAUGCAGGUGCUAGAGCCAAGAGGGCUGCUGAUGCUGAGAAAGAAGAGAAGAAGUGAGGAUCCUUUCUUGUUAGGUUUUAAAAAAACUCCUUUAUCUUUGUCAUCGUUUGGAUCUCUGUUUUUUUGUGUGUAUCAGACUCUUUCUUUUUUGGUGUUUCGUCAGUUUUUAUCUAUAUUUGCUUUUCUGGAUUA